GGAACAUUCUUUGUUCGAAAGAUCUGAUCCGCCACGCGGGCUUGCCUCUCAUGGGUGGUGCACCGCCGCUGGAUCUUUGUACCUCCCAGCUGCAUGGUCUGACCAUGACGACGGAGGUACUCCAAGAAGUGUGGAAGUGCAUUUCCCUUUUUGCACGGAACAGAACACGCGGUUUCAACCGCCGCCCCGCGGUUUAAGCCGCCCAUGGCCGCCCUGCGCAAUGGCGACGCCUUACGAGGCUAUUUGCUGGGCCGAUGGUCGGUGAAGAAGCGCUUCGACUAUCGGACGGGAGGUGGCCGUGGCGAGCUGAGUGGCAUCGCCAGCUUCGAGCCCUGUGCCGAGCGCCCUGAGGUUCUCAUGUACGAGGAGCGAGGCACUAUGAGCCUGGAGGGCCUUCCCAAGCCCGUGGAGGCCUACCGGCUCUACUGCUUCAACACUGGUGUGUGGCCAGUGGAGGUCUACUUCGUGGAUGAUCCCACGAAGAAGCACCUUCCCUCUUUGCUGCCCGAGCUCCCUGUGCAUACCUCCUUCUUCGUCCCACUCUCCUUUGAUGCAGGUGGAAGCGGACAUGCAAGCUUUCAACAUUUAUGUGUCGAAGACCUGUACAGUGGACACUUUCGCGCCCUGUCGCCGGAGAGCUUCGAAUGGAACUGGUCGGUGGAAGGCCCUCAGAAGGAUGGUGCCAUUAGCGCAACGUACCAGCGUGUGGAAUAAAACAGCCAUGCCCGUUCGAGUAUGCAUGGGAGGCUUUCGCCAGGGCACGGAACCCGCAUCGCGGAACUGC